AUUCUACUGUGCUGGCGUUUAAUAAUACUAUACAUAGUUGGACAGAUUUGCCGUCGCAUUCGGGAUUCUACUACCGUACAAAUAGCUCUUUACUUUUUACAGCCGAUUGCUUGGGGUUUACUAUUGCCCUUGGGUUCCACCCUUGCUACAGGAAGAUCAAAAAAGUGCUUUUGAGCGAAGCCUGGUCCGGACAGGCCAAGUCGUGUUGAAACGUCCAAAGCUAAGGCCAACCGCUACCGAAGACGGCCAUGGCGCCCAAGAGGAGCGGCGCUGGUUCAGCAGCCACUCAACAAAGCCUGGGCUUGAGGAAUGCAGACUGGAGUGUAGUAAGCUCCGCCAUGCGUAGCCUUGCAUUGCCUCCGGACAUGUUGAGGACGGCUACGAGCUUAGGACCAAAGGGCAUGCGGCGCCUGUUGGCUACUUCCCAAAUCACCGCCGACAAUGAAGCCGACGAGCAGUCCGUACUACGAACAGCAACACGGAUAUCGCUGGCGGGGAGCCCAGGCGGGUCCGCAGGGAGCAGCUGGCCUUCUUCCGAGGAGGUUAUGCAGGCUGCCUCCUGCGAAAAGACCCUGCUAAAGCUCUGGUCACGCUCAGGGUCUAGCCGCAUCAUGGCUAGGGCAACGGAGGCGGCGCAGCGGCGGGUGGAUGAGUCGGAGGUAGACCGGCGGGCAUACUUGAAGUUCAGUAACUCCGUCAUAAUCGCAGCUCUGAAUUUCUGUCACUGCAAUUACAUGUUGUCGGACAGUCUGCUCGCGGCCACGGUUGGCUUCCUGGAGCACAUGAGCCGCCUGCUGGCACGUGGGUACGGAGCAGCAGCAGCGACGCGACCUGAAGCAACGGAAGGUGGUGGGAGCCAGGGCGGCAAGUGGAGGAACAAGGAGAGACUGUUAGUUCUGCACGAGGCGCUGACCCUGCUCCUAGAGCUGUCGACUCGCCUUCGCUUUAUAGUGGAGACGGUUGCAACCACUAGCGUUGCCGACAAGAGCACCAGCCACCAGGAGGCAGCUGCUGCUAGCAAUGUGGCUAGCAGCGGCAGUGCGGCUAGCUGCAGCGGAAGUGCGGCUAGCACCAGCGGCAGCGCGGCUAGCACCAGCGGCAGUGGCGAAGCGCAACAGCAGUUCGGCGACGCGGCCACUCGCGUCUUCCCGGUUCUGCUGACGGAGCUGGCGGAGUCAAACCUGCUCGAGCACCUGGCCAAGGAAAUGUACGAGAUGGCAGCUGGGUGUCGCGGACUGAUCAACAAGCUGCUCACGGCGUGCACCUUCAUGUUCCGACCGCGCGUCUACUGCGCCGAGCUUCUAACCGCACAUCUACCGCGCCUGCCCGGCCCCUGCAUGCUGCACCUGCUGACGGCGGCGGCGGUGGAGGUGUUGCGACCGGUCGACGAUGGACCCAGCUACGGCCUGCCCGCAGAGGCGUCACAGACAAUCCAGAAGCUGCUUUCGGAAGUUGACUUGAGCGGCGACCUAAACGCGGACGUGCUGAACGUCCUGCAGUGCUGGGUCCUGGCGCUGACCCCCGGAGCCGGCUUCAACCCGCAGUCGUUCAUCAGCGCCGCCGCCACCUACGAGCUAUGCCUGCGGGUCGUAGCGGCCGUCACUCGCGCAGAGGAGGCACGGCGUGGGGCAAGGAAGGUGGCUGCCGCGACGGCUCAGCGGCAGCUGCCGGCGAAGCGCGGCUCCAUUGCCCUUUCCGCCUCCAUCGCCGCCCACGACGCGCUGGCAUACAUGCGUACCAAGGGCUUGCGGCGUGAUGCCGCAGCGUCUGCGGAGGGCAGCGGGGCCCUGGUGCGGCCUGAGGAGUGGUGGCGGGCGGCUGUGCAGUCGCUGCGCUUUACCGCGGACAAUGUGGGGAGCGAGGGGGCGGAUCCCACGGUGGCGUGGAAGGGCGUGCAGCUGCUGAUUCGCCGGCUGUCCAAGGGCCAAAUGGCGCUGCCGUUGCCCGAAGCCAUGCCGGCCAGUCCGCCGCCCGACGUGGCAGCCGCCCUCUCCGCCGGCUACCUGCCCUGCCUGCUGCAGCUGGCGCGACUUGCACACAAGGACAAGGGCAUCAUCGCCAAUUGCGUCCUUUCCGCCCUGCCGACACUGCCGCAACUGGGCUGGCUGCUGCACUACAGCGACAAGCGGCAGGCAUCGGAGCUGCUGACAGCCAUGCAGGACCUGGUGCCCAGCCUGGUGGACAGCAAGCUCGUGGGGCGGUACGAGGCGGCGUUGUUGGACGCCAUUAAGUUUUGCAUGGGACAAAUUGGGGUAUGCGAAGGCGGCGAGGACGCUGAGCAGACGGCCGGCAGCAGCAGCGGCGGAGUUUCCGGGAUGGUCUAGGAGGCCGGUGGUAUGCAGCAGCUGGGCAUGGUGGCAUCUGGGUCGCUUGCGGUGCGCUUGGCCUGGUUUGGAGGCGCCUCUUGAGGUGUAUCCUGAGGGGCACCUUGAGCCGCGGCUGGCUGGCGGAGGUACGCAGGUGUGGUCGUGCGGAGGCUGUCGUUACUGUUGUGUCUGUUAGGGCAGUGGCAUCGAGGGACUCGGCUUUGGGGGCGCCUUCCAUGGCUCACGGCUCAUGGUAAUGGGGUCAUGGAUGUCCUUAUCGAAUCGUGGCCGGCGAACAGUUUGUUCGGCUCUCAUUGCUUGCCUGAUGGGUGUACUGCCUAGGGAUGUAAACUAUCAUGUUGCCGCAGUGGUGGGGCGUUUCGUAACGAAUGCUGGUGCAGGUAUGCAGGUGUGUGGUUGUCUGAUUUUUCAAGGGUUGCGGGUGUGUGUGCCUUAGGGUUGUGUCUUGCGGUGCAUGGAGCGGUACGUCACAUUGUCGUACCACCGGCGCUGCUGGUUCGCAACCCGUACGGCGAAUGCGGUCAAAGUAGCAGCAGGAUGUGGAGUUUGCCAAGGCUUGAAUGAAGAUAGCUAUGUUUGUUGUGAUGUAUUUUAGCUGACUGAGGCAUGGUCCAUGCAUAGAAAUCUGUACAAAUGGGGUUUGUAUAGCAGGGUAGAAGCUUUUCACAAGAGUAAAUCAGCGUCGCAAGGCCACCCAUUAGAGUGCAUGUUUGAUGUACGGUAUUGGAGGGAUUGUACGAUUGUGUAGAUGUGCCAUGCAGCGUGUGUUGCUGCUCAAGGUUCGCCGGUGUACAGCAGAAAUGCCUUCCUUGUACGUUCGCCGCAGGUGUGUGGCAUUCUGUGCGGACUCUCAGAUGUACUACUAUGGAGACGGUGGUUGUGGAGAGUGUUCUAUGCGCAGAUGAGUGAGGUGUUGCCUGUAGGCGGAAGUGUGUGGGAAUACCGCAGUUCGUAUCUUACAGGUCGUGUACAGUACGGGGCGGAGGUUUUCGGUUUGGGAGUGCCAUAGAGUGUAGCAAGGUUUAGAUGCGAGUGUGGCACCUUCGCAGUGUCAUGUCGGAGCGGAGUUUUGGACCUCUUUUGGCUGCCACAUACGGCCUUAUGCGUCGUCUCCUCUCACCCUUCUGACCUGCUCCAGUGCCCUGACAGUACCGCAAUUCUUGGCUCCUGCUUGCUACGUGCUCAACGCAAGGACUUCCUUUGUUAGAAGCGUACGGUGUAGUGUGAUGGUACGGGAACUGACACCCAGGGGCAACGCGUGCUGUUGGGCAUACUCUCGACCAUAAUGGAGCCACAAGGUGUCGCCCUGAUUUCUGAAGACUGAAGAGCAGAGUGUGGGUAAGAGGGGGCCCGCGGAGAGCUACGGGGGCACUUGCUCUUUACGGUAUGUUGUCCUGUUUGUGUGUAAAGCCCUUUCCCAAGACGAC